GCCGGGGGAUGUUAGCAAAACAGGUUUUUGUGAGACGCAGUUAUAUUGAGUGAUGCUCGCUUCACUGCUGGCGGCAGAUGUAAUGGGCUCGUCCGGCUGAUCGGCGGAACAUGUGCUCUCUGCAGAGCACUUGUCCAAGGCUGUUCCUGUCUCCUGACUGAUGACUGCAGAAAAACACAUGUUUUGUUCCUCUGAGCUGUUCAGCUGGGGGAGAAUUCAACCCUCUCCGGCUUCAUCCGUCACCCAGAGUCUCUCAAGAUGGACCCUGUGGACCAGAAGCACUUCACAGUCGUGGACUAUGUAAUAUUUGCCAUCUUGCUAGCAGCCUCGAUGGGCAUAGGGAUUUACUACGCCCUCUCAGGUGGGCGUCAGCGCACCACUCAGGAGUUCCUGCUUGCGGACAGAAGUAUGCGAUGCCUCCCCGUGUCACUGUCGCUCAUCGCCUCCUUCCAGUCCGCGGUGGCCAUCAUAGGCGUACCGGCGGAGAUCUACACACAUGGCACACAGUACUGGUUUAUAGGCUGUGCCUACGUCCUGGGUCUCCUCAUUCCCGCUCACGUCUUCAUUCCGAUGUUUUACAGACUUCGCCUCUCCAGUGCCUACCAGUAUCUUGAACUGCGCUUCAGCAAAGCGGUGCGUGUCUGUGGAACGCUGACCUUCAUCUUUCAGAUGGUUGUCUAUAUGGGAGUGUGUAUUUAUACACCAGCCUUUGCACUGAACACAGUUACUGGAUUUGAACUGUGGGCGGCGGUGUUGGCCACAGGACUAGUGUGCACAUUGUACACAACAAUGGGUGGACUGAAGGCAGUCAUCUGGACCGACGUGUUUCAGACCGUGGUGAUGUUUAUAGGGCAGCUGGUCGUGAUCGUGGUCGGAGUCCAGCAGACCGGAGGGCCGUCCGAGGUCUGGAACAAAGUCUGGGAGGGAAACCGCAUCUCUGGUCUUGACCUAAACCCUGAUCCGACGGAGAGACACACCUUCUGGACUCUUGCGGUCGGCGGAGUCUUCCUCAUGCUUUCUCUGUAUGGCGUGAACCAGGCACAGGUCCAAAGAUAUCUGAGCUCCCGAACAGAGAAGGAGGCUGUCAGGUCUUGCUACAUGGUGUUUCCUUCCCUGCAGGUGGCGCUGGCUCUGAGCUGUGUGAUGGGUCUGGUCAUGUUUGCUCGCUACUGUGGGGAGGACCCCUCCCACAGACUUGGCACUGCUUCACAAGAUGCGAUGGUCUUGUACUUUGUGAUGGACAUGCUAAAGGAUAUGCCUGGACUUCCAGGCCUCUUUGUGGCCUGUCUCUUCAGUGCAGCUCUAAGUACCAUCUCCUCUGCCUUCAACUCGUUGGCCACAGUUACAAUGGAAGACCUUAUCAAACCACAUUUCCCCGCAAUGACGGAGGAAAGGGCGACUCUGCUUUCCAAGUGUCUGGCAAUGUCUUAUGGGUUGUUAUGUCUGGCAAUGGCCUAUAUAACUCACCUUAUGGGUGAUUCAGUAUUACUGGUUGCGUUGAAGAUCUUUGGAAUGGUUGGAGGACCACUUCUCGGUCUAUUUUGUCUUGGCAUAUUCUUCCCGUGGGCCAACUCAACUGGUGCACUGGGAGGCCUGGGUACGGGCCUUGCCAUGGCCUUCUGGGUUGGCAUCGGUAGUAUUGUGACUCGUGGCUCCGGCGGCCAGUUGUUGCCUGCCAACUGCACCUCCGGCCUGCAGCCAGGAAACCAAACCACUGCAGCGCUGACACCUCUCAGCUCAGCCACCGGCCUGAAGAGAUUCUACUCGUUAUCCUACAUGUGGUACAGCGCCCUCUACUGCUGCACCGUCGUCCUGACCGGGCUGCUCAUCAGUUUCCUCACUGGUCCAAUGAAAGAAGAGGAUCUGACGCCAGGUACCAUCUAUCCCCUGCUGGGAAAUCUGCUGUUUUUUCUACCUCCACACGUUAGAGAGAAGCUGUGCUGCGUGACUCCCCUGGGGCAGAGAGUAAGUCAGACAACCCGAGGGAGAAACUCACGCCAGUUUGACAGAGCUGCCAUUUUGGAAAGGGGGAAUUAG